AUAUGAGUCAAAAUUUAUACAAACCAAUAUGGCGGCCUCCAUGAAUUAACUCUGUGAUUCUUGAUCAAGAACUUAACGUUGAAAUGACAGAAAUACGAGUAACGCCGUUAGGUGCUGGCCAAGAUGUUGGCCGGAGCUGUAUUUUGCUCUCCAUCGGAGGUAAAAAUGUCAUGUUGGAUUGUGGAAUGCAUAUGGGAUACAAUGAUGAGCGCCGAUUUCCUGAUUUUACUUAUAUCACCAAGGAAGGCCGACUGACCCAACACUUGGACUGUGUGAUAAUAAGUCAUUUUCACCUUGAUCACUGUGGUGCCUUGCCCUACAUGUCAGAGAUGGUAGGGUUUGAUGGCCCGAUAUACAUGACACAUCCAACGAAGGCUAUUUGUCCCAUCCUAUUGGAGGACUACAGAAAAAUUACAGUUGAAAGGAAAGGAGAAACGAAUUUCUUUACUUCAGAAAUGAUUAAAACUUGCAUGAAGAAGGUGAUUGCUGUCAACUUACAUCAAACAAUGCAGGUAGAUGAUGAAAUGGAGAUCAAGGCGUACUAUGCUGGUCACGUUCUAGGAGCUGCCAUGUUCCACAUCAAAGUAGGCCAGCAGUCCGUUGUGUACACUGGUGACUACAACAUGACUCCAGACCGACAUCUUGGGGCAGCAUGGAUUGAUAAAUGUCGUCCUGAUUUAUUGAUAACAGAAUCAACAUAUGCCACAACGAUCCGAGAUUCUAAGAGAUGUCGUGAGCGAGACUUCCUGAAGAAGGUCCAUAAUUGUGUGGAGAAAGGUGGGAAGGUGCUGAUUCCCGUGUUUGCUUUAGGACGUGCCCAGGAGUUGUGUAUUUUAUUAGAAACUUACUGGGACCGGAUGAAUCUCAAAGUUCCAGUCUAUUUUUCCUUGGGCCUUACAGAAAAGGCAAACCACUACUACAAACUGUUUAUUACAUGGACAAGUCAGAAGAUUAAAAAGACUUUUGUACAGAGAAAUAUGUUUGAAUUCAAACACAUAAAGCCAUUCGAUCGUGCCUACAUCGACAACCCAGGACCAAUGGUUGUGUUUGCUACCCCAGGAAUGUUGCAUGCUGGGCUUUCACUACAAAUAUUCAGACGCUGGGCACCUAAUGAAAAGAACAUGGUGAUCAUGCCAGGCUACUGUGUGGCAGGAACCGUCGGCCAUAAAAUCCUUAAUGGUAUUCGCAAACUUGAGAUGGAAAACAAACAAAUGUUGGAUGUGAAGCUCGCUGUUGAGUACAUGUCCUUUAGUGCUCACGCCGAUGCCAAGGGAAUCAUGCAGCUUAUCAGUCAGUGUGAACCAAGUAACGUCCUACUGGUUCACGGAGAGGCUGUCAAGAUGGAGUUCCUCAAGACAAAAAUCAAACAAGAAUUCAGUAUUGACUGUUUUAUGCCGGCCAACGGAGAGACAGCCGUGAUGGAGACGAAGCAUAAUAUUCCUGUAGAUAUUUCAUUGUCAUUGUUAAAGAGGGAAUCCUCUAAAGUUGGAUUAUUGCCUCCUGAUGCCAAGAGACCGAGAGUUUUACACGGAGCUUUGGUGAUGAAGGGCAGUAAGUUACAGUUGAUAGAUCCGGCCGAUGCCCUCCAGGAUUUCGGCCUAGCAGAACACCAGCUCCGGUUUACUUCCACUCUAUCGUUUGAUGAAGAAGGUCCUACAACAGUAACGGCCGAUAAAAUUUACCAGCUUGUAAAAAGCCAGCUGAAGGACUUCCCCACACACUACUCAUCGGACGGGAGUAUCACUAUUUCCGAUUCCGUCCUAGUCCAGGUAUCCGGAGAUGAAGAGUCCAAGUCCGUACUGGUGUCUUGGUCUUAUGAGGAUGAAGAUGUUGGCAGCUACCUUUUGCAGUUAUUGAAAUCUGAACUAGUUACCUGAAGGGACCUGUUGAUCACAGCUAUGUAUGAACAGAGGCAGACAGGAUCUGUAAACAUCUCGUACUGUACAAACGGUGCAUUGCAUCAAAACUUGUGUAAUGUCAGUAUGGAUUUCGAUGAGGCUGGAUUGUGAUACAAUUACAGUUUUGACACUUGACUGUUGUCUAAUACCGAAGUGUGGUGAAGCAGAACAAUGUAAUUGAGUUAAUCUGGAAGUUGAGGGAAAACAACAAACUUCUCACAUUCAUGCCAUCAACAUACAUAACAUAUAACACUUAAAUAUAAAUGACAGUUAUUGACCUGUUGAUGUGGAGGGGAGUUGUUUCUCUUGAUCUCCAGAUGGAAAAAUCAAGGAAAGAAGAUACCGGUUCCGAGUCUAAUAAGAACAAUAUUUGUAAAUACUGACAAAGGGAGAUAAAUUAUGUACAUGUUCUUGGACAAACCAAACCUAAUAUUGAUGAAAGGACCAAUUUGAACAUCUUCAGUCCUGAAUUUUCUUCAGAAAAGUGCUUCAUUUUAUACUUAGUAUGACAUCUUCCAUGGUAAUGGAUGUUUUGUCAAUCUAAAAGGUGUUUGUAAUUCAUGGAUGUAUGAAUACCACUAGAGUAAAAAUGACAAUAUUUCUGAUGUAAAAAAAA